CGCGACACUUCCUCUCCCAGUGCCCCAUCCAAACAAAUCCAUAAUUGAUCCAAUACACCCCAAACCCCCAAACAGUUUACACAAUCCACUCUCCCAUGUAAACAAUCUCCACCGAGAGCGUUGAACCCGUGGUAUCACCAGAGACAAGAGAAAAAAAAAACAAGAAAAAAAGAUGUGCUCCCUGUGACGAGUCAAACAGUGAAUAAAUCCGCCCCAAUGUAUGACAAUUACCUAAACUCAAAAAUGAAGAACGAUGUGGAAUCACCAGUACUUCAUCUCCACGACCACCUGACAUCAUCAUCGAGUGCUCUCGCCUCCAGGACAGGCUCAAGUGUGAUGUCAUUGUCCCAGAGUGAUCCCCUAGUGACAAAUUCCACCGAGACCCCACGAAAGCCCGGUGCACGUCGCCAGGAGAAGCCCCCAUACUCCUACAUAGCCCUGAUUGUCAUGGCAAUCCAAUCGAGCCCCGACAAACGCCUGACCCUAUCCGAGAUCUACACAUUUCUCCAACAGCGAUUUCCCUUCUUCCGAGGUGCCUACCAAGGCUGGAAGAACUCGGUGCGACACAACCUGAGCCUCAACGAGUGUUUCAUCAAGUUGCCCAAGGGCCUGGGAAGACCAGGAAAGGGUCACUACUGGACAAUUGAUCCAGCUAGUGAAUAUAUGUUCGAGGAGGGAAGUUUUCGUCGGAGACCCAGGGGAUUCAGGAGGAAAUGUCAAGCACUCAAGCCCCAAUACUCUCAAUAUUUUACACCUGGAGCACCCAUGACUGUUGGUGGGGUACAGCCACCUGGUUAUGACAACAUCAGUGGAGCUAGUGUUGAUUAUCCUAAUGGAUAUCAGAAUCAGUAUCAGAAUUAUCAGGAGUAUGCAUCGAUGUAUGGGACAGCCGGUGGAACUGUUCCAGAGUGGAGUUCAUAUCCUGAGACGUACAAACCCCCACCUCCACCCAUUGCCGAGGUGACGUACAAAACGACGGAAGUCACUUAUAAAACUGGUGAAACAUCGUUGUACAGAAAUGGAGAGAUUGCCUUCAAGAAUGAGCCGUACGUCAGGAGUCAGGGGGAUCAACUGUCUUACAGACCCAAUGACGUAUUUUUGAGUAAGGAACACAAUCAGGGACAGGAGGGAGGGGGGUACAAGACGGAGAGUGAUCAGGAGGGAAUCAUGAGCUGUAAUUACAAGUGUGGAACUGGUGGACAGCCGCAGAUAUCACAGCAUCCGCAGGAUUAUUAUGUUGGAUAUGGGCUUGGGGGUAAUUGUGGGAAUAUUAAUGUUGCUGCUAUGAGGAGUCUUCAGGCACACACUGGGGGAAGUAGUCCCAUUGGAAAUAUCAGCUCGCCCUAUAGUGAAUGCCCUACACCUGCUAAUGAUCAUGGGUUGAGAAUCCAGAGCUGCAAUUCGAGUUCCAACAGCUCGGGUGGAGCUUUAGUGGAGCGAAAACCCUCGUACCUUGGGCAUACCCCAAGCUCUGUAUAUUUUAUCUAAUGAAAUAGCAGAAGCCAUCGAUACGAAUCAUCUCACCAAAAACUCAAUGCCAAAUUCGAUGCAAAGAUGUACCAAAAACGAGUGCCUAUUUAUAUUCAUUCAUCAGCCUUAACUAAAGAAAAAUCUACUAUUGUAUUAAGACUAUUAAGGAUUAAGGAAUUAAGGAGAGAUCAUCUGU